AUGUACAGUAUAUGUGAUGAAAAUGUUGUAUCAUAUAUGGCAGAUAUGACCAAAAAACGAACUGCUGCCAGGAAGUUAAUUGAACGUUAUUAUUACCAGUUAACAGAUGGCUGUGGAAAACCAGAAUGUUCAAACAUACAUUGUGCUUCAAGUGGAAAGAUUCAAAAACUUUCUCCGGAUCAAGCAGCAGCAAUGGCUCUACAACUUUUUGUAUCACAUCCAAGAGCAAAACUCUGUGAAUCAAAUUCUCCAAAAAUGGCUAAACUACCAGAAGUAUUUAACAAUUCUCCAAAUAAAGCUGGGUCUUCACAAGUUGAUAAUACUCAAGAAACAAUGCAAGGAUGUGUUUCUUCUACAACAAAUAAAGCUGGUUAUAUGGAUAUAUCUAAUGACCCCAAGGGGGAUUGGAUAAACAGUAACAGAAAUAAAUCUAAUCAAUGUCACCAAGUGAGAAAUAUGAUUAAUUCUGAUGAAGAUGACGACGAUGAUGAUUGUGAAUUUUCUCAAAUAGUAGAUGUAAUAUCACCAUUUCAGCCAUCAACUUCCAACUCAAAAAGAUUACCUUGUUAUGGAUUAUUAGAAGAUAAUAUCAUACCUAAUUCAGGAGGACAAAUACCUUAUUUAAAUGAAAAGAUACUAACAGAUAUAAUUGAAAAAUGUAUUCAACAAGGUUCCUAUUCCUUACUUAUCAGAACAUUAGGUCAGGUAUUCUCAAGUGAGGAAUCAUUAAAAAUUAGCUUUUUAAAAGAAAGAAAUGAUUUUACUUACAAAGAAUAUCUCACCAAAGAAGAUAUGCGUGCUAUGGAAAUAGAUGAAGAUAAAGAUCAGGACUCUAAAGAAAAUUUUAAUAAUCCUGAUGUUAAAUGUGCACAUUAUUUAAAGUCAAAUGAAGUGACAGUUGAUAUAUAUUCUGUAAGGCGUGCCUUUUCAGCACUUUUUGCAAUACCUAAUCAUCCUUUUCAACAUGCACUUAUUAAUGCAUUACUUAUUCUUUGUGAAAAUUUGGAAAUUGAUUUUAAAUAUAAGAAAAGCCAUCAGAUUGAUCCAAAUUUAUUAAAUACAUUUAUAAUUAUAAUGGAAAUUCCAAUGUUAGAGUGUCCAGAAUAUUUAGAAGCAGCUUUGCCUGCCAUUUGCAAAGCUGCAGCACAGCUAAAUCUUCAAGCACAAGCAAAUUUGGCAAAAGUUUGGUCACAAGUUGGAGCAACUCGUUUAAAGGAAAUGCUUGAUACACUUCAUCAGUUAAUAACUCUUCGUGUUAUUAGUGGCCAUUUUACUAGAGACUAUUGUGUAAAUGAAGAAGAAAUUAUUGUAGCAGCAACUAAAUUAAUGAAAAUAUUAUUUUAUGCAAAUAUUUAUGGAGGAGAAAUGGAUAAAGAAGAUUUUAUCACAGAGGAAAAUGAACAAAAUGAAGAAGAGGAACGAUUUCAAGAUUUUCUUCCAGGUUCAAUUGGAAGAGAAUCAAAAGAAUCAAAACUUACUAAAGAAGAUCCAUUAGGAAAAGAACUAGGAGUAAAAGUUUUAAACUGUCGAAAACCUGUAAUUCCUUUUGAAGAAUUUUGCAAUGAUCCACUUAGUGAUCAAAUAGAGAUGGAUAGAGAUUUUGCUAAUUACAAAACAGAAGCAGGUCGUUUUUCAUUUAUGAAUUAUGCCUUUAUUUUAACUCCAGCAGUGAAAACUUUGGGACUUUAUUAUGACAAUCGGAUACGCAUGUACAGUGAACGGAGGCAAUCUAUUAUACAUAGUCUUGUUCAUGGUGCACCACCAAAUCCUUAUCUUCGUUUAAGAAUAAGAAGAGAUCAUAUUAUUGAUGAUGCUUUAGUUGGAUUAGAAAUGGUUGCCAUGGAAAAUCCAAAUAAUUUGAAAAAACAGUUAGUUGUGGAAUUUGAAGGUGAGCAAGGUAUUGAUGAAGGAGGAGUAUCAAAAGAAUUUUUCCAGUUGGUAGUGGAAGAAAUAUUUAAUCCUGAUUUUGCAAUGUUCACUUUAAACUCUGAAACACAAACUUACUGGUUUAAUCCAACAUCAUUUGAAAGUGAUGCACAAUUCACUUUAAUUGGAAUCAUUCUAGGAUUGGCUAUUUAUAACAAUAUAAUUUUAGAUGUUCAUUUUCCAAUGGUUGUUUAUCGAAAAUUAAUGGGAAGAAAAGGAACUUUUCAUGAUCUUCAUGAUUGGAAUCCUAUUCUAGCAAAUGGUCUUGAAGAGUUACUUGCUUAUGAAGAUGAUGACAUGGAGGAAGUUUUCUUACAGACUUUUCGAAUUAUGUAUCAGGAUGUUUUUGAUACUGUUCUUUCUCAUGAUCUCAAAGAAGGUGGCAAUCAAAUCCUAGUCAAUCAAGAUAAUAAACAAAAUUUUGACUUUAAUGCCUUGGAAGAAACAACUGAAUAUGAUGGUGGUUAUACUUCUGAUACAACUAUUAUUAGAUCAUUCUGGGGAAUUGUCCAUGAUUUUAGUUUGGAACAGAAAAGAAAAUUGUUACAGUUUACAACUGGUAGUGACAGAGUCCCAGUUGGUGGUCUUUCAAAAUUAAAACUGGUAAUAGCCCGACAUGGUCCUGAUUCUGACAGGUUACCUACUGCUCAUACGUGUUUUAAUGUACUGUUACUUCCAGAAUACUCCAGUAAAGAAAAACUACAAGAACGUCUUCUGAAAGCAAUUAAUUAUUCAAAAGGAUUUGGCAUGCUCUGAUAACACAAUUAUUUGUGUAGGAAAUUGCUUCAUAUAUAGGAACUGUGAAAUUUUUUUAACAUAAAUUAAAUAAUUGUUUGUGUAAAAAAUUUUUUUCCUGUAGAAAUUUCAAAUUUUUAAUAAUCUUCAUCCCUACAUUUUCUGCACAUUAAAAUGACAAUAUAAUUUAAACCUAUAUUUUCCUCAAAAGUAUUUUGUCAAUUAGGUAUCAACGAUUGUGUCACUAACAAAAUUUGUGUGAAUCAUUUUUUCCAAGUACAGAUGUUAUAUUUUUAACAUAACCUAAGUAAAACUUUUAUGUAAAUGAAAUUAAUAUUUGAA